GAGCUCCUUCAGGAGAUUAGCAUCACCUUGGAUUAAAUGAAUUGGCUGUCCUUAAUCCCUGAGCACACACGCUAAUAAUAAAUCCAAAGACAUUUGUUUACAUGAAACAAGCAGGUUACAUAUCCAGUGACGUUUAUACAAACCACAAACUAUUUACUCUUUUCUUCAUAAGGAAAGGUUCAAGUUCUGGGCUCAUCCAAAAUGAGUGAGACACCUUCUACUAGUUUCUCCAUGAUUCGUCUGACUUCUUCUGAAGGUCAAGUUCCUUCUCGCCAUUCAAAUGUCACUCAUCCCAUAGUGGCUAAACGUAUCAGUUUCUAUAAGAGCGGAGAUCCCCAGUUUGGUGGUGUUAGGGUGGUGGUCAACCCUCGUUCCUUUAAGACUUUUGAUGCCCUGCUAGACAAUUUAUCCAGGAAAGUGCCCUUGCCCUUUGGGGUGAGGAAUAUCAGCACGCCCCGUGGACGGCACAGCAUCACCAAGCUGGAGGAGCUAGAGGACGGCGAGUCUUAUGUAUGCUCCCACAAUAAGAAGGUGCUUCCGGUUGACCUGGACAAGGCCCGCAGGCGCCCUCGGCCCUGGCUCAGUAGUCGCUCUAUAAGCACACAUGUGAAGCUCCGCUCUGCUACUGCCACUAUGCCUACCACCGCUCCUGGCAUGUUUCGUGCCCCAAGGAGGCUUGUGGUCUUCCGGAACGGUGACCCAAAGACCAGGCGUGUGGUCCUUCUUAGCCGGAGGAUCACUCAGAGCUUCGAAGCCUUUCUACAGUACCUGACACAGGUCAUGCAGUAUCCUGUGGCAAAGCUGUAUGCCACAGACGGAAGAAAAGUUCCUAGUCUCCAGGCAGUGAUACUGAGCUCUGGAGCUGUGGUGGCAGCCGGAAAGGAGCCAUUCAAACCAGGAAAUUACGACAUCCAAAAAUACUUGCUUCCUGUCAAGUUACCAGGAAUCUCUCAUCGCAUGCACCGGAAGGGAAAAGCCAAGAUAGAAAAAAGAAAGAUGAGCACACAUUCAGUCCCAAGACCCCAGACUGAUUCCCUGGCCUCAGAGAAAACAUAUGAUUGCUUUUCAGACUUUUCUGUAGCCCCUGAGAAUUACCUGGCCUUAGAAACGCAUGAUUCUCAGACUCUAUCAACAUAUCCUUCUGAAGAUGGUGUUGAGAAAUCGAUAGUUUUUAAUCAAGAUGGUACUAUGACGGUUGUAAUGAAAGUUCGAUUCAAGAUAAAAGAAGAAACUGUUAAGUGGACAACCACUGUCAAUAGAGCCGAUCUUUCUAAUGAUGAUGAAAAGAGUAAGAUAAGUAGCUAUCCUGGUAAAACAGAAGAUCAAUCGUCUAGUUUAAAGCUUGUGGCGCCAUGCUCAUUGUCCGAAGACAUCACAGACACCACUCAGCAGGGCAGUUUGACAGAGGAAGAAAAUACUCAAAUGACAGAACAGCAGGCUCUGUCAAGUAGCUCUGCUGGCUGGGAGAAUGCCUCCAUGGAGGUAGGCAUUCAGGGAAGCCAGAAACAAGUGAAACACUUUUAUAGACCCCCAACCCCUGGACCAAGGAGAAUGAGACAAAAGAAAUCUGUGAUAGGGACUGUCACCGUAGUAUCUGAAACAGAGGUUCAAGAAAAGCAGUUUUCUUAUAGGGAAGAAAGAGAGGUUGGAGAAAAAUCCAAGUACCACAUGUUUACACAUUCUUGCAGCAAAAUGUCCUCAGUAUCUAAUAAACUCGUUCAGAUCAGUAGCGAUGAUGAGAGGGAGUCAGCAUUAGAAAGAACAAAGGAAAGUGGACCGCUCAAGUCACAUGCCAUAAAUGCUGGUGCUAUAGAAAUUACAAGUCAGAGGGUCUUAAAGAUGUGCCAUAACAAUGCUUUAGCGUCAACUGUAUCAGAGAACUCAGUUGUGGAAGAAGGCACAGAUGACAGUGCCAUAUCAGGCAAAGCCACUACCAAGCACUUCAGAACUUGUGGUAAUGCCAAUGACAGCUUCAGUUCUACUACAGCAGAUACAACUCUUACCUCAGGUAACAACUGUCCAAAUGUCAGGACUAUUUCUGAGGUUCCUUCUGUAGGAUCUCCUGUGCUCACCACAGGACUUGUUAAUGAAUUUGCUCAUUGUGGUUUAACAGAACAUCCAGGAAAUGGAAGGCAGGUUUCAUCCCCUUUUGCCAGCAAAAAAAAGAAGAAAUCUCAGCAGCGAAUGAUAACUUCCAAGGAUAAGAAAAAAGUGAUUGAAACCAAAGGAAUCCCUAACAAAGUUGGGAAAAUACACAGAGCAGGAACAAUUGCACAGGUGGUACUAUUGCAAGAUUCGGACGGUCUGGAUAAAGAAGGGAGAGUUCGUGAGGAGGAACUUGACACAAGUCCUAUGGUAAUUGAAUCACAUGAUAUUUUCCCCAAAGGUAAUUCCAAAUUUUCCAAGAAUUUCCAUAAAAACAAAUUAAAUACUGUUCAAAAUCCUAAGACUCAAAAACUUUUAGCUAAAAGAAAAUCAAGACCACUAAAGAUUAAAAGCAUAGGUGAACUCAGAAAACAAGAGACUGGUCAAGAAGAUAAAGUAUUUCUCCAUAGCGAAUCUAAACUUUAUGAAAGUAAUUUGGAAAAACAAAGUUUACUUCAUGUGUUUAAUAGUCUUGAGGAAGACCAGAAAGCUUUGCAUAGAUCACAGUCACAAGUGGAGACAGUAACUGAAAAUUGGAAAGGAAUGACAAAAAAGAGUUUAGUCCCAAAAGUUAAUGAUCUACACAUAACUGUAAGAAGCCAGAGAAAACAAAAGGGAGUUAAAUUAAAGUCAGGUGCUACAGUAAGUGAACAGCAUAUUGCAACCAGGGCGGAUCCAUUAGCAUCUUUGAAAAAACCUGAUUUAACCGAGGGUAUUCCCCAUCACUCAGUUAAGAGCUAUAUACAGCGAUGGUUGCAGAACGUAAAUCCAUAUCCAGAUUUUGAGCACAGAAAGUCAGCUCCACUAGGCCAAGAUAGAAGUAAUGUGGUAAAUUAUAACAGUAAUGGUUUUCCGGAAAAUAAUCUGCCUACAACUUCUUCAAAAGGAAAGAGUUUUUUAAUGGAAAGUAAUAAGCGCAAAACUAAAAAUGCCAAUUGGAAAGGCAAUAAAAAUCAAGAGACAAGUAAAUCUCUUGUUGUUAAAGAUAAUGGUGAACAGCCUAAUAAACAUCCCUGUGAGAGCCAAGAUGAGUCUCUGUAUGAUUCUUACUUGGUUCCUUUGCAUGACAAUUGUACUUUGUCACAGACCAGUAUAAACGAUCCUAGUACUAAAAGUCAUUUAUCUACUGAAAAGUCAAGACCAGAAGUGAAGCUUGUUUACCAAGAAAUGAACUUUUCCACAAAAAGGCAAACUCUUGAGGUUGCCAUUCAGGUAGACACUAUGGGAGAGAAUGUUCCAAAAGACUUACUAGCUCUGUUGCUCCAGCACCUGGAAGCUUUUAUUCCUAAUAAUCAGAAACAUCAAAAUGGAAUUUCUCAACUACCAGGUUCAUUAGCAGAGGUUGUCUUCCCUUCUGCAAUAUAUAAUUCAUCCACAAAUCUCCUUCUGGCUUGGCUUUUGGUACUAAACCUAAAGAGAAAUAUGAAUAGCUUCUGUCAAAGCGAUGCUCCUAAGACGACCAGCAGAUCUUCAGAAACAGCUGCACUGUUGGAUGUUCUGAAGCACGUCGCCAUCACAGAGGAAGCCGAUGACUUGAAGGCCGCUGUUGCCAACUUAGUGGAAUCAACCAAAACUUGCAGUGGACCCAGUGGGAGAGAACAAGAUACGGUACCAGCAAAUUGUAUAGCAGCCAGCCUUCACAGUGUAGACAAGUGUAAUGAAAACAAGAGUACCCAGAAAUGCCUAUUGGAUGAAGGCUACUCUGUCAGGGGGGGCUCGGGGCCCGAGCUCUGUGUUUCAGAAAUGGUUAGCAAGUCAUACAACACUCCAUGUGAGAUGCAUACUGUAAGCAUGACUUAUCCUCCAAAAGGGGUAAAUAACCAAAAUGAUGCCCUUUUCACUAGUAAUGGUAGUUCUACUAUGAGCCAGCAUUCCACACACAAUGCUUCUUUCCUAGGAGAGGCCUGUUUACUUACAGAUAGUGUGUGUUCCCAUAAGGCUUGUGCCCAGAAGGACAACAUCUAUGAGGCAGCUUGCCUGAGUGAUGAGACUCGCAUUCCCAUCAGAGACUGCAAUACAAUUGAGUUCGUGAAUUCAAAAGAAAACAAAUGCACUGACAAUCUGGAAUUAACUGAAGAAAUCAAAACUGUUGACAAAGUUCCAAAAGACCUAAGUAUUUUGGCAGAUUCUAUAGAUAAAAAUGAAUCUGAUAUAUCAACUUCAUCCCAAAAUGUCAAUAAGUUAAGUUCUCAAGGUAUUUUCCUAAGUAAAUCUAGAGAUUCUGACAAGGACUAUAGUCCUCUAGAAGAAUUUCAAAAUUGCCCACCUAAGAAUAUUGUGAAUAAAAAGAAAUCUAUUUCUUCUGAUAAGGAAGAUUCAAGGACUUCUGAAGAACCAAGGUCAAUAACCAAUAGUGUGACAUCAAGUGAAAGAAAUGCCAUUUCAGAAUUAGAAUCUUUUGAAGAAUUAGAAAGUCAAGACACAGGUAUCUUCAAUAUGAAGGUAAGGACUGAAGAAAAAGCUGCCAAGGAGUCAAUGCAAAAAGAAUCAGAAGCUAGGAUGAGUUUGGAAUUGAUAAACAUAUCAGGGAGGAAUAUUAUAGAACAGGGAAGAAGAAAUACUGCAUUUCUGGAGACAACAGGUAGGGGGCAGGUGACACCACCAUCUUUAGUUUUUUGCUAUGAUUCUAAUAAAAACACUGAAAAAGAGAUAAGUGUAGGAGAAACUAAGAUGAGAGUUAAGAAGAUAGUAGACAGCAUGGAAAAUGAAAGUUACACAGACUCUUCACUUAAUUGUAACAAACAGCACAGAAGUCUAGGGACCUUAGACUGGUCAGAUUAUGGAUCAGACAGUGAGAGCCGAUAUCCUUGUAAAGCACUGAGCAACGAGCACAGUGAUGACACUGGCCAAGAGAGAGAGUACCCUAGAGGAAUUGUGAAAAGGGCAAUAGAAAAGCUUUAUGGCAAAGCAGAGAUUAUCAAACCACCAUUUUUCCAUGGGUCUAUACACAAAUCUCAAGUUUGUCCUUAUAAUCCUGUGGAAGUUUCGUGUGUUAAGAAAACACAUUUUUAUGAGUCUGAAUGUCAGUCACUGGUCUCUUCUGAACAGGUAUCUAGAAGUUCACUCAUGUUGCAGGAAUUCCAGGAGGAAAGACAAUCUGAGGUUGAUGCUAGUGGCAUGAGAGACAGUUUUGGGGACGGCAGCAUAGAAAAGGUUACAAAACCAAGUGAGCAUGGCAGGGUCUUUACGGAAAAAGAGAAAGGAAAACUGAUUGACAAUGGCAAAUGGCUCCUGAGAGAAAAUCAUUUGUGGAGGGUGUCACUGGACAAUCCUGGCAUGUAUGGCAAUGCAGACACCACAUCAGUGGAUACUCUAAUGGAUAAGAAUAGCAUUGAGGUGCCGUAUUCACAUUUCGGAGAGUUGGCUCCUGGUCCAACAAUGGCUGAAUUGUCCUCUUCAGAAAUAGAGGAAAUGACUCAACCCCUUGAAGUGAAAUGCAAUUAUUUUAACUUUCCUCAUGGUAGUGACUCUGAGCCUUUUGGUGAAGAUUUUCUAGAUGCACAGAAUACAAACUGCCCCAAAGAGAAAAUACCCAACCAUCACAAAGAGGAGAAGUGUAAUUCUCCAUCUGAAAGAACGUGUACACCUGUUACUCAAACCUUUGCUUCUGCUGGUAAUAAAGUCCACCCUGUCUGCAGUGAUGUUAUUAAAACUCAGCCGUUACCUGGACGUAGUAUAACUCAUGGUGCGCUUCAGGAAGGCGACUCUCUGGAUAAACUCUAUGCUCUUUGUGGUCAACAUUGUCCAAUAUUAACUGUUAUUAUUCAACCUGUAAAUGAGGAAGACCGAGGAUUUGCUUAUCGCAAAGAUUCUGAUAUUGAAAAUUCUUUGGGUUUUCAGUUAUGGAUGGAAAUAUACCCAUUUCUGCUACAAUCAAAGAAAAACAUGUUCACAAGUGAGAGCAGGAAAGUGAAUGUGGGCAAACAAUUUACUGAUAAUGCCAUUGGUGAUCUGUGUGAUCAACUUUAUUUCAAAAGCAUGAUUGACUUGGUGGAUAAAAGAGCUAACUCUUUGAGGGAGGAAGUUAAUUUGAACAAAGUUCAAUUAUAUUUAAAGAAAAGGUUUUCAGAUCUUUUGCCUUCAUCGUCACUAGUGGUGUGGGAUAUGAAUUCUGUUUCACUAACCCCCAGCAACUGGACAGAUAACUUCAAAAGUAUUGAUGAGAACAACUUCAUUAACAGAUUCCAGAACUCAAGAAAAAAUCCCAACCAAGUAAUAAGAGAAGAAAACAGUUGUCAAUUCCAUUGGGAGCUGUUUGGUCAAGUUUACUUGUUAGAUAUUUGCCAAGUUGAGAAAUCCUUACAUAUCAAAACCAGAAGUAAAUUAGAAAUAUAUUACAUUUUAGGGGGUGAAGUUCUUUUCAUCUGGGAAGAAGAAAAUCAAUUAAAUAUAAUAGAUACUGAAAGCCCUAAUGAUCAGAAUGAUUUAUAACUUCAAUAUUAGCACAAUCAUUAGCUGUCAAUUAUGUUUUUCCCAUAGAAAGGUACAGUACAUGGGAUAGACUUUAGGCUAGAUUCUCUAAGAAUUCCUUGCUUUUUCAAAAUGAGAAUACCUUGGAAAACAUAUUCUUGGAUAAAAUAAAUUUGGUUUUUUUUAUUGCUUUGUUCCUCAUUUUCUCAGUAAUUAAAGUUUUAUGUAGUUUUAUUUUAAACAUGCAUAAUUUUGCAUAGCUAUGAUUUUGUCUGAUCAGGAUAUAAGAAAUAUGGCCAGGACAAGAAAUAUGUCCUUAAAAUGUUGUCAAGUGCAUAUAUGAUAUUGAAUAUAAUAGUGAAUAAAUGUAACUUUAAACUAUUUCAUUUAAGUGCUGAUUGAAUAAAAAGUAUUAUUAAAGCUCUCCAGUA